AGCCACCAUACAUCAGGAGUAAGCAGAAAUUUGAACCAGAGACCUGUGUACACUCGCGAAGAUGGUUAUAGUAGUACGUUUGAGAGUGAUCCAUCUAUUUAUCUAUCUGCAAAUAUCCAACACCAAGAAGACAAUGUUGAAUCAGAAAUGGAGACGGAUGAGGAUGUAGAUGCAAAGGAAAUGCUCUCUGACGAGACAAUGAUUCGGCGAAAUUAUCGAUACCUUAAAGAUGAGAUUGAUCCAAAAUACAUAGUUGACGAUCUCAUUGAAAAUAAUAUCAUAACCGACAACGAAAAGGAAGAGAUCUGCAACCCAUAUAAAGCCAGGCACAAAAGAAUGGACAUACUUUUGAAAAUUCUUUUACGAAAAUCCAGUUUUGAACAUGGUUCUUUCUUAUUAAUAAUGAAAAAUCUUUACAAGCAUGUGGCUGAAAUUUUAGAAAAGACUACGGAUUUCACCAAAAGAGACGAAAUGCAAGAUCUUGGAAAAUGGAUUGACCGUAUAAAACAUUCCAAAAAAUACCUUUCAAAAACGAUCAGCCCCACCAGUACAGUUGAUUUCCUUUUGCAAGAACUUCCCGAAAAUGAGUUUUCUUUAGAUAUGCAUGACAAGAUUUUGCAUGAAAAUCGCACUGUGUGUGAGCAAGCGAAUUUAGCACUUGAUUUCAUAAUAGAGACAAGAAUUUCAUCAAUUCUUUCUUGCUUUUUGGAAUCUUUACCACAUGCUCAACACAAUAGAAGUGGAGAAGAGAUAAUUGCCUUACUGAUGAAAGCAGGUAUAUGGUUUUUUUAUUUGAUUACUGUAGUUUCAUAA